AUGGAGCGAAUCAGAAAAGAACGCCACAUGAGAAUUGCGUGCAUUGGCGCCGGAGCAUCUGGUCUAUGCUUUGCAUACAAACUUCAGCGAUCCUUCGAUGAUUUCACGCUUACCAUAUUCGACCACCAUAGCACAGUCGGUGGUGUCUGGUUCGCCAAUCGCUACCCAGGAUGUGCUUGCGAUUACGAGGCACACAAUUACACGUUUUCGUGGGAGCAGAAAUCGGAUUGGACGAGCGUAUAUGCCGGUGCCGCUGAAGUACAGCAGUACUUUAGUACAUUUGCCGAGAAGCAUGGAUUGCUGCAGUACUGCAAGUUCAAUACGACUGUAACCAAGGCGCAGUGGGAUGAUGUACGCGGUUGCUGGAGUCUUGAGCUCAAGGAGACCAGCGGCAUGGUGUUCACUUGCGAUUGCGAUAUAUUGAUUAACGCGUCCGGGGUUCUCAGCAACGCUAAAUGGCCAGAUAUUCAAGGAUUGAAUGGAUUUGGGGGCCUCAAGCUACAUUCUGCUGCAUGGCCAUCCCCGUCGCCUGAAAUUGCAGGUCAACGUAUUGGUUUGAUCGGUAACGGAUCAUCCGGACAACAGUUGCUUGAAGCACUUCAGCCCAAUGCGGGCCAUCUGACUGUUUUUAUUCGUCAGCCAACAUGGGUUCUUGGACCCUUUGGGGAGCAGCCUCGUCGUUACAGCGCAGAUGAGCUGUCGACUUUCAAGGAUGAGCCAGAGAAGCUCUUGGCAAAACGGAAACAGUUUGAAAACAGGGUCAAUAGUUAUUUUGGAAUCUGCAUCAAAGACAACCCCCAGCAAGCUGCGUUGCGACGUCAUCUAACGCAAAAGAUCGAGAAGCAGCUCGCAGAAAGCAAGUACAAGGAUCUGGACAAGGAUCUAUUCAUACCCCAAUAUGCAGUUGGCUGUAGGCGCCCCACCCCCGGCACCGAGUAUAUCAAAAGCCUCUCCGCUGAUAACGUCACCCUGGCCUUCGGGUCGAUCCGCCAAAUUACGACAGAUUCGGUAGUUGAUCAGGAAGGGAAAGAACACCGAUUGGACAUGCUUAUCUGUGCGACUGGUUUCGACACGUCGCAUCGUCCGAGCUUUCCUAUACUCGGCAAGAAUUCAAAGGAUCUGCGGGAUUUGUGGUCCCAAGGAGCUACUGCCUAUUUGGCUCUAGCCGUAGCAGACUUUCCCAACUAUUUCGUGUUCUAUGGACCAAACAAUCCUUUUGCCAGCGGAGCGUUUCUCUCAACAGUCGAAGCUCAAGCCGAUUACAUGCUGAAAUGGUGUGACCGCUGGCAAACAGAGAACAUACACUCAUUUGCUCCCAAACAGCAGGCUGUGGAUGAGUUCUAUGAUCAUGCAGCUCGUAUAAUCGAGAACACAGUGUGGUCCGAUUCGUGCAGAUCAUGGUACAAGGCUUCCCCUCAACCGAACAAGGUCAGUUUGUGGCCAGGUAGUGGGCUACAUUAUAUGGAGGCCAUUUCGAGCUUACGGGGUGAUGACUUUGAUGUCCGGUAUAGUGGAAACCGCUGGGGAUGGCUUGGCUCUGGCUAUAGUCAAGUUGAGCAGGAUGAGGAAUGUGAUUUGUCGUACUACAUCCGAACCCAGGACGAAAGCGAGUUCUUGAGCUCUAAGAAGCGGCGUAGAGCAAGCACAAAGGGCUGUCCUGUUGAUCGUGGGAGCCUACAUGUAAUUGGAUAACGUAAGGGAAAAGAGAUAUCGAGUAGGAUCUGGAAGUAUCGUCUGCUCCUGAUUGUUUUCCUAGUAACCAAUAAUAUCAUACGUUCUUACACGGCAAC